AUGCUGGAUACUUGGCACUGGAUGAGAGGUCCUCAUGUGUACGAUGUUUUAAUUCGGAACGAGACCUUGAAGGUAAAGCUUUUCGAUACAGUCGGUCUUGGUGAGGGCCCUGAAGGAAAUUCCCCCGAUAAGGACGCUCGAGGAAUUCUGAAGAAGCUCCUUCGAGAUCUUAUGAAGCAAACUGGUAUUCAUCUCCUCAUGUACUGCGUGCGGGGUGUGAGAGUGACGAAGGCGCUCUGCUGCAACUACGUUUUAGUCCGCUCCGAAGUGAAGGAGAGAGUUCCAAUCGUUCUUGUCGCCAGGAGUUUAGAAGACAAAGGAGAGAAAUGGAAGAAUGGUGGAGUGAUAACGAGCGAUCCAUCUCAGACUUCGGGAUGACCUUUACUGGUCACGCAUGUGUCACCACGGUGACUAUCGAUAAAUAUGCAGGGGAUAAGCUCAAGCGGCGCCACAAACAGUCAUGCCAUUCCGUCUGUCGACUUAUCGAGCAGUAUCACCUGUCGGAAAGAGUUCAAACUCC